UACUUGUUCUAUGUUCAUAGAGAUUACAAAAUGGCGGACGGAAAAGAUGACGGUGGCAGUUGGUGGGGGAGCUGGCUCCAGACGGCCAAGGAAAAGUCGGUCUCUGCCAUCGAGAUGGUGAAGAAGGACCUAUCUGACUAUACAUGUACCAUGCAACAGGACACCUCUCAGGUGAUGGCAAUGACUUCAGAGAAAAUGAAGGAAAUGAAGGAAAAAGAAGGUGGUCCACGCUAUGGAUUUGCAUCGUUUCUGGAAGAUCUAACAAAGUCACUCGUAGUGGAGGCAGAAGACAAAUAUGAUAAGCCAAUACCUGUACCCACCACUGAUCCAAUGUUUGACAGGGCUAAGGCUCGGCUUCAUGCUGUACAAGUUGAUCCUGGUACAUACUGCAACAAGCCUUCUGGAGACCCAGAAGCGUUUCAGGAGUGGGUGAAAACCUUCAGCAUGGAUGAGGUGAAAGGAGAUGUAUCAGAACUCUUGGUAUCCAAAGUUGAAGUCCGAGCAUUGUACACAAAACUGGUGCCGUCAGAAAUCUCACAUGCAGACUUCUGGCAGAGAUAUUUCUACAAGGUGAACCAACUUCAUCUAGAUGAGGCACGCAAGUUGGCCCUGAUGAAGAGGGCUGAGAGGGCAGAGGUUAAGGAAGAUUCUAUCAGCUGGGAUGAAAGCGAUGAUGAGGAAGUGGGGGGUAGUAAAGAAAAGGUGAAAGGUGCACAUUCCCUGGAUGUCUCCAAUCAGGAAAGACUGGCUCCCAAACCAGACAAGGUAGAUAUAGAACCUGAGGAAACCCAACCAGAAUUACGAGGAGUGGGUACUUCUAAAGACGAGACAGUGACUUCUGAAGCAAUUAAUGAAUCUUUGCAACAAGGAAAUAUAUCUGUUAUAAACAAUGAAACAAGUAUCCCCAAAGAAAAUGAAGAGGUCGAAAGAAGUGCUAAGGAAAAGGAAGAAAAAUGUGAUAAUGACUCCGUGAAUGAAAAGAAAACAGAACAGGACUCAAAAACUGAACCUGAGGGGGACAGUGAUUGUCGUCCAGAUGAGCAAAUAACAACAGAACUUUUAAAAGAAGAAAAAACAGAAGCUGAUGUAAAUGACAGUGAAAAUAUGACACAUGGUGAUCGUUCUUCUCUGGAGAUCUCCGUGAAGGAGAAAGGGGAUGUAGUAGUAGUCAACCCUGACCGGGACUCGCCCUCCUCCGAGUCGGAUGGAAAGAAAGACGGUGUGAGUACUGAUGAUGACUGGGAACAGGACUUUGAUGUAGAACUUACUGAAGAAGACAUGAAAGCUGCUGAUGAGAUUGCCAAAAAACUUAACUUAUCAGCAGCAGACUACACUAAACUAACCGGUGAUGUGGGUGAGGACUGGGAGAACUGGGAAUGAAGCUGACAACUUUGACAAUGACAAGUGUUGACAAAGAAAUCAGACAAAGGGAGACAAAUUUGGUAGAUAACACAUAAUCUUAAAAAAAUGUGGAUACAUUGGUUAGAGUCGCUAUAGAUUACAUUUAUAUAUGGUAUCAGAACUAGGUGGAUUAGUUAUCAGCAUUUUACCAUGUUUGUACUUAACAAUACAUUUGUAGUACAAUACAGGGACCAAGCUAAGAGAAACAUUCUGCUUCCUGGAUCUUUUCCACAAAGACAUCAAUAGUGGUUUUCUUGGAAUGUCUUCCUGUACAAAAAUGUACAUAUGUACUUGAUUUUAGAAGUAUUUUCAAGAUCCAUAAGAGUUCUUUGAAAGUUUGUGCAAUGAUGAUACAUACCUGCUAGUAGGAUCUAUGAAUGCUGCAGUAGAGGGACUGUUAUUGAAUGAAAUUUUAUUAUGUACAGUUGAACCUUGCUAUUUCAGACAAUUAAUCUAUGAACAAUAGUCGUGAAUAAAAUAAUGUGUGGGACUGAAAAUAAUUAAAGUGAUGAAAUUCUUAUACAUAUGUUAUCAGAAAUCGAGUUUUCUCAUUUGUCUUGAAGUCUGAAUUGACAAUGUUCUAUGACAGUGUUGGAUAAUUUCGCUUCCUCUUGUCCAAUCAUGCUAUUUACUGUUAAAGCACUGUCAUCGCUUGAAAUAAUUUUUGAAAAAUAUCAACUAUGGCUGUGAAUAUCCAAUCUUACUGUGCAAGGAUGGAGUAGGAUCCUGAUGGUUAAUUAGAGAGACUGAUGAAUGGACGAUUUCAAAAUCUCAAGUGUCAAAUAAGUACCACUUACUCAAGAAUAUUGGAAUCAAUCUCGCUUCGGCAUUUUGUGUACAUAAAUACAUCUUAAUGAUGAUUGAUUUAAUUGAAAGUGUUCAGUAUAUACAAAAGUAUUCUGAUGAUGAUGCUGUUUCAUUCCAUUACUGGAGUAGCCAAACCAACACGGUAGUCAUCCAUGAUUAGUGUAGAGGAGACGAACCCACACGGUAGUCAUUCAUGAUUACCCGGUAGUGUAAAGGAGACAUAUACACUUUCCCCAUGACGCAUUGGAGUUUUUCAAAUCAUCCAUCUCAGAAUGUUAGACCUAAUACAUGUAUAUUGCUGUUCUUGAUUGUCAAAUUAUUUAAGUUAUCUUUUUUAUUAUAUCAUUUUCCCUUAUAAGUCCUUGGAUAGGGUGAAUCAUAGAUUUAUGUUGAUUUUAUAUAUUACCAGUUAAACAACAGAGAAACCUGGUUGCAUGUAAGGUGGAGGUAGGGAUUGACCUGACCUCAGAUUGUGGAUGUGCUUGUCAGUGCCGUAGCCCUUCUGAUUGCAGGCUACAGGUGGAGGGUGGUGGCUGGCCUAUCAUUAUUCACUGCAAGGAUGGGGGUAGUGGCCGAGCGGCACAGGAGGCCCUCGGAUGCUUAAUUUCUGUUGUGGUUAGAGUUGUUUAUUAUGUGUAACAUACAGAAGCUUGGAGGUUAUACAUGAUGUUAACUCACACAAAUGGUUAUAAAAAUCUUAAUUCCAUGACAUCCACUAUAUAUUUACAUUUCUGUUGUUCAGGUCUAAAUAAAACUAUCAACUCAUAGGAUUUCAUUGCUAAUAAUAGAUGAAAAUAUUUGAAUCUAUUUUAUUAUGUUUAAGCAAGAUUUAAGGUUUUUGCUAUAUAGUUGUUUUGUUAAAACCCAGUCAUAUUUGACUUACACAAAUAUUGGUGUUGUAAGUUAAACCAUACAGUUAUCUAAGAUAGAGAAUAUUUAUUCUGCAGGUAAAUGACAAAUAUGAUCUUUGAAAAGGAAACAAAUGCUAUAGUUACCUCCACAAUUGAAAUCAUUUACAGUCUUGUAAUUGAAUUUGUGCUUGACAGAUCCACAAGUCAGAUCCUGAAAAUUUUCAAUUCAGAAAAGAAAUAUGAGAUACAUAUGUGUAAAUUAUGAUAAAAGAUGCUGUGUACCUCUAUUUUGAUUUACUUGUUUCCUUUUUUCAGGACAAAAUAACAGGUAUUAAUUUUGUUCCUUUCUAAGUGCUUCAUUUUUAAAUACUUUUAUUUGGUUCUGUUAAUAUUAUUAUUUACAUGUUCGUGUCCCAUGUGUUGUGAAUUGUGAUACACAGGGGUGUGGUACCUAUCUAUGUACAAAAGUCUGUUAAUAUAUUAUACAAGUACUUGUUACUGAUGUCUUACUGGUGUCAAUAAAACCUUCACAUCUACAA